AUGGACAAACUUACUGAUUUGCAGAGAGAAAAAAUUCAAUUAUUACAAAAAAAAGUCGAUAGAUAUCAAGUAGAACCUAGAUUAUGUGCUCAUCUAACAUCAGAACAAUGUACAAUGCUUGCUGAAUUACAAAUCAUCUAUGAUAAACUUAGUAAAUUAACACUAACCAAUGAUUCAGCAAUAUUUAGUAUUGGAUGUAAAGCAGUGAAAGAUAAAAUGAACCAAUUUGAUGCAACGUUAUAUGCAAAUAUGGAACCUGAACAACUUUAUUCUGCAUAUUUGACAAAAUAUAAAGAAGCAAAGAAUGAUUCAAAUGAAAUAACUAGACUACAUAAGUUAGAAACUAUAUUAUCAGAAGAUAAUAAUAAUGUUCCAAACACAAGUGAACUCAUUUCUAAGACAUAG